CUCCAUUAAUAUAAUACUCCAAACUAAUUAUAUAAUACUCCCAAAAACCACUCAAUAUUAUUAUCAUCAUGUUCCACCAUCAUUCAUCCACCCAUCUCCUCUCCAUUCUCUCUCUGUCGGCCAAACAAAAGGAAAAGAAAAGAAAGCUUAAACUCCAUAGUUGGUUCAAGAAAGAAGAAGAAGAAGAAGCAAGAAACCAUCCAAAGUUCUAAAAUCCUGAGUUCAAACACAGCAGCCCACUUCUAGGUAAAAACUGAAAUUUUCUAUCCAUUAUUUCGAAACACUUUCUGAACCAAAGUUGUAGCCCCGGACGAUACGAAUCCAACCCAAAAAACGGCUCGCGAUUUCGUUAAUUAACGAAGAAGAUAUGGCCAAAAUACCGGGACUGCGCCAGUGUUGGCGAGCUCCUCGGGUUGGCAUAUGUUUCUUCACCAAAUUCAUAUUAUUUCAUACCAAAUACUUACCAUAAACUCUCUAACAAUUAUUAAGAACAUCCGGAAGGUAUCGUAGAGAUGGUUCGGCGUUGGAAUAUUGAAGUUAAUGAGUUAAUAGUCGGAACCGUUGUUCACCGGAGUAUUCAAAAAUUCUGGACAGCAACUUUUCCCUAACUUCAGGUCCAAUUUACGCUAUUUUAAAUUCAAUAUCUCAAAAUACUUUCUAUACAAAAGUUAUAGCCUUACAUCUUAGGAAUCCACAAAAUCAAACGGUUUGCAAUUCCGUGAAGAAACGAUGGAGAUAUGCCCAAAAUACCGCAGGCUGUCCAGUUGUGACGGAAAUGACAAAGUUGGCAAAUUUCGAUGUUGUUUCCACUCCCGCUCAUCCGUAAGGUUUCGGCCGAUGAUUUCCAGGUCUGUACCUUUGCGUUAUACUUGUUGAAUCAUUCAUCACAUACGUACAUGAACAUAUAUGUUAAUCCAUAUGUUGAAAUCAUCCCAAAAUAAAUAUGUGAUACAUAUAUAAGUCAUCUUUGUGUUAAGACCAAAAUACACCAAAUCCAUAAAGUUAUUAUAUAUAAACAUUUGAAAUCGACCCUACAAUAUUUUUAUUUCAAUCAAAGGUGUUUAAAAGACUUAAAGUAGUAUUUUGGACACUCAAAAUAUCAAGAGAUAGAUUCGCAGACCCAAACGGUCGACGCAAACGGUCGACCGUCGUAUUAAACUUCGAAACGGACCACGACUGUCAGCCAAACGGUCGACCGCCGGUGGCUAACAGUCGACCGCCGCCCGUCCAGCCGAAGUCCGCCAUCCGCAGCUAGUCAACAACGGUCGACCGCCGGUCAACCACGGUCGACCGUCACGGUGAAUCGCCAAUCCGACCUGAUGAAGAUCAAGGUCGACCGUCGCGCCAAACGGUCGACCGUUCCGAGCCCAGUAGUUUUAUUAAAUGAUAUUUUAAUCAUGUUUCAUCCAAAUAAACUAAUGCAUGAUUAUAUAUUCAUAUUGUUUGCAAAUUGUUCACAUCAUGUCAUUCAUUUCAACAUUUAUAUUGAAGCAUAUCACAUCAUGUGCAUGCGUAAGAGAUCAUGCGUAAUUGCGUCUCUUAUAGCGUGAUUGUGCGGGACUUAGUAGUCCGACAUCACACGUUCGGGCUUAGUGUACGUACAUGGUAUUCAGGUCUCCGGGUACUACCCCAUUUUUUAGUCUCACCUCAUUCGUGAGACUAAGGCCGCGUGAGUUCGUCGUACCAAAUGGGCGAAUCUCAUAGUGCAAGGGUGUCCUUGCAAGUUAUAGGAUCAUGCAUCAUGUUAUCAUCAUCAAGUACAAUUACAUUGAUUACAUAGGUGUCAUGUAAUCAUCAUCAAGAAAAAGUAUAUUGAUUACAUAGGUAUCAUGUAAUCAUCCUCACAAGCAAAUUGAUUAAAUGUGCCAUCAUGAAAUUAUCAUUAAAUAUUUAUCAUCAUGAUUCAUCAAAUUUACCAUAUGAUAAUAUGUUCCAUAUCAUGAAUGUUACUAUACAUUUUGUGGACGUAUAUAUAUGUAUAUGUAUAUGUCUGUGAAUCAUUCUACAAUUCUAGCGUGGUACCACUCAGCGGUUUCGCUGAGCGUGUAGUUUGUAUUUUUCGUUGACUACACGUAGGUAAUAAGAAGACAAUGAUGGAACCACUCCCGGAGGGCAUUGAGUCAGAGGAGAUGCAAGGAUGGCAGGCAAAUGUUUGGUCAUCAGAUUUUAAAAUGUGUCAUGAUUUGAUUAUUAUUGUAAUUCCGCAUUACUCUGAAAAUAUUUUUAAAUGGGUCGCGAUCCAGAGUCUGUAAAUUUGAUAUUUAUAAGUAAUUGUCAUUUUCAAAUGUCAAGCGAAAUUUUUAUUUAUCCCUCGUUUCACCUUAAUUCGUGUAAUUCCGGGUUAUACGGAUUGGGGUGUUACAUCGCCCUACUUCUUAGGGGUUGUAAGUUCGUGACCAGGGUAGCCUGUGGGUUUGGUCUCAUUCAGUCUUGGGACAGGAUCCGGAGCCUCUCAAAAACACCUCCUUGAGCCAGUGCCUCCACAUCUUGCACUUGGUCUUGGUCCCGAGUGGACAAAAUAAGAUUCAAGCUCGCGGCUAGCGUGUCCUAGGGGAGUUCUCUUUGGGCUUGUCUCCAUCUUGAUCUUUCAAAACUAUUUGUACUCUGGAAUCAUAUCUU